AAGAGAGGGAGAGUCAGUUUGAUUGGUGGGAGGGAGAAGAUCCGCUCUGUCUAUGAUAUUUGGCAGCGAUAGCGAGCUCCGGGACUGCAUGUAACCACUCCUCUCUCCACCAGAUCUUUGCUCUCCACUGUCUCCAGCCCAGCGUGCUCUGUGAUCGCCGAAGAUGGUUGACGACGGGUUGCAAACAGAGCGGACUACGAGUGCCCCGCUAUUGCCGGAGAAGCGGAUAAUGAAUGAUAGCGGAUUGUACCGGUUGCUGGGGUCUCUCUAUCCCCGCGUAACUUCCAUAGAGACGUUCAUUUCCAGGAUCGACCAUGUUGCACCACCAGUUUUAGUGGAGGCGGCUGAUACCGAUAACUAUAAACGUUUUAUCUCCCAACUCACCGUGUGCGUCCCCGGGGAAGCAAAGCCUCUGUGGCAGCCGAUCACAUUUCAGCAGUUAUCUGCACAAAGUGAUGUGGUAAUGAGAGUUAUCCAACGGAUUUGUGAAAAAAGGAAAAGAAAUGUGCUAAGCUUUGGCUACAGCAAUGCAACUGAAGCAAGUUUCAUCCCUGUGAGAUCUACUCCGAAUGUACGUAGUUACCAAAUAAAUACCACCACGUCUAUUAUCAAGACCAGUGUGCUGUGGAAAACACUGGUGAGCAGGAUUGGGGAUGAUGUCAUGAUGUAUCUGCUGGAGCACUGCUCCCUCUUUAGGCUAGUCCCACCAAGCUGCUGCUUUCAGCUAUGUGGAGUGCCCAUUUAUACUCUCUUUCCAGGUGGUAGUCAACUCCAGUCUACCUGGCUUAGGCAGAGGCCAGUUCAAUAUCGGCCCUGCCUCGCACUAAGGCAUGCUCAAAUGAAACUCAGCUUUUACAAGGAAUUUCUUUCAAAGAGGAGGAAAUGGAAGGAAAGAUUAUCAAGAGCUGGAAAUCUAUUAGCAAAAGGACCACUUGGUGCAGAGCCCACUAAGCAUAAAGUUAGAAAAGCACCUCAUGUUCCUCGAUGCAAGUCUGUAAAAAGGGCCAGACUUGAAGUUGAUAUUGGAAGAUGGACAUUAAAGGAUGUAGGCAUGAAAGAUGGUCGGUCGCGAAAACGAUUUUUGGAUGAUGACAGAGUGGAGGCUUCUGCAAAGAGAUUAAAAGUAAGACAGCUGGUGGAAAAUAAAGUAACAGAACAUGAAGGAUUGCUUGUGGAAGGUAAGCCACGCGAGUCUCCACAAGCAAGUGAGCAAUCUGGUGGUAUAAUUGAUCAGUCAUUCGAAGGAGUCAUGGAAUGGAAUGGAGAUGAUAGUAAUAAUGAAUGUACAGCAAAGGAUCACAAAUUCACUUCACUGAAGAGCAGAGUGGAGGGAAAUAUCAGUGCAGCCUGGAAAAGGCAGGAUCUAGGGAAUGAUGCCAAGAGGCAGGAGCUGACUGAAAGCGAAACAAAUCAAUAUUUCAUGCAUGGUGCAGGAAUUGUGUCGACUCUAGAUUCAGCAUUCACAGGGCUGCAGGAUAUAAAUACAUCGACAUACCACAAAUGCGGAAAGAGUUGUGAUCAUUUCACAGUUGAAAUUGGAGAAUGGGCUGAAUGUAAGGAAAUAGAUUGCGUAAGAAGGAAAAAGUCUAAGCAGAAUGGCAGAGAAACAAGCAGAACUCUGAGCACAAACAACAACAGCGGAGAGAACACUUAUUGGAAAAAUGUCAGGAAAACUGGACAGUGCCACGCAGAGUUUGGUGGUUUCGUAAAGCCUAUGUCAUCACUACAUUCAUUUAAAGAUGCUCCGGCAAUCAAGAAAAGACCAUGGAGUGAAAUGUAUAUAGAAAGAGGGAGUAUAAUGUAUUGCAAUAAUAAAGCAGAAUGUUUACCAAAGACAUUUAUAUUGAAUCAAUUGCAAGACUUCAGCACAGGUGGUCAGAGGCUUGUUGAAGCCAUAUUCUUGAAUAGAAAUUUUUUAGGAACUAAGCAGCUUAGUAAUCACUGGAGAAGGAAAAAGUUUCCAAAGCGCUACUGGCAAAUGAGAAAUAUUUUCCUUCGAUUGUUGAGGAAUCAUAAACGCUGUCCAUAUCUGCAAAUAUUGAUCAGAAAUUGUUAUGUAAACAUUCAGAAAGGAAGAAAGGUCAAUGGUGCUUCAAGUGUUGAACUAACUAAUGCACCAAUCUCUGUUACAAAGAUGGCUUUUAGGCCUUUCAGCAGCUGUGUUGCAGGGUUGGAACCUCGUACUCCUGAUGGGGCCUGUGGCCACCCAAUUGAAAAACAGCAACCGAUAUUAAACAACAGCUUAAGGGAUAAUUUAUCAGUGAGCACUGACCUUCAUGGCCACGAUUUGACAACAGGAACACGUUUGGAAGAGCAUGCGCAUUCUGGGAGAGCGUUGGAAUGCCCUGGUGCCUGUCCUGAGCAGAGUCAUCUUCCUGAAGGUCCAGCAGGUGAAGAGAAAGCAAAUGAAGAGAUCAGAACAUCUGUAGACUUCAACAGUAGUGAAGGAUCAAGUAACUUGGACAUGCUGUGUUUGCUUAAGCAGUACAGCAGUCCACUUCAGGUCUCUCGAUUUGUGAGGGAGUGUUUGCUCAGGGUUGUAUCAGAUGAGCUCUGGGGUUCAAAUCACAAUAAAUUCCGAUUCCUGAAGAACGUAAAGAAGUUCAUUUCCUUGGGGAAGUUUGAUAAAUUCUCAUGCAGUGAAAUGAUGUGGAAAAUGAGAGUGAAUGACUGUGCGUGGCUUCAACUCAACAAAGCCCAGCACUUUGUCCCAGCAUCGGAACACCAGUUACGUGAAGAUAUUCUGUCCCGGUUCCUAUUUUGGUUAAUGGAGGUUUAUGUGGUGCAUCUGCUCAAGUCUUUUUUUUACAUAACGGAGACAACAUUCAUGAAAAACACGCUUUUCUACUACAGGAAAUGUGUUUGGACAGAAGUGCAGAGGAUUGCUGUCCGAAAUCAUCUAGCGAAAGUGCAGCUGCAACCAAUUUCGGAAAAGGAUGUGGAACAGAAACUUCAACAGAAGACCACAGCACCCCCUUCCAGUUUACGGUUUAUUCCGAAGAAAAAUGGCUUGCGACCAAUUGUGAAAAUGCGAAAUAUAGCAGGACUAAAAACCUCUGGGAAAAGGCAAAACUAUAACAGGACUCAGAUGAAGAUCCUUUUUGAUGUACUGAAUUAUGAGCAUCAACGGAAUCCAGCCCUAAAGAGCUCCUCUGUGUAUGGACUUGAUGACAUUUACAAAGCAUGGAGGGAGUUUGUGUUACAGAAUUUGAAAGGUGGAAAAGUGAGCAUGGGAUGCCCUUAUUAUUUUGUCAAAGCAGAUGUUACUGGUGCCUUUGAUGCCAUUCCUCAUGCCAAGUUAAUAGAAGUAAUUUCAGGCAUACUGAAUCUUGAAGUACCAGAGAACUAUUGUAUCCGAAGCUAUGCAAAAAUCUGGGUGGAUGCUGUUGGACAAGUUAGAAAGGCAUUUAAAAGACAGGUUUCCACUUUGAUGGAUCUAAUGCCAACCAUGAAGGAAUUUGUAUCUCAUCUACAGCAGCAAUGCUCGUUGCAAAAUACUAUACUGGUCAACCAGGGCUUAACGUUGGAUCCGAACUCUCAAGAUGUGUUCACUUACUUCAAGCAAAUGAUCAAAAGCAACAUUAUCAACAUAGGAGGCAAGUAUUAUGUCCAGGGCUGUGGAAUACCACAAGGUUCUCUGGUCUCAGCCUUGCUUUGUAGCUUGUGUUACGGCGAUAUGGAGAAAAUGUUCUUCAGUGGAAUUCAGCAGGAUGGGUUGAUGCUGCGACUGAUUGAUGACUUUUUGCUGGUUACGCCACAUUUGUCACUUGCCAAAAAGUUUCUAAGGAUUCUGGCCACAGGCAUUCCAGAGUAUGGCUGCUUCAUAAGCCCAAAUAAAACAGUUGUCAACUUUCCGCUUGAUGUGGACCUUCCAGCCUGCAGUGGGGCCAGAUCAUUGCCAGAACACUGUCUCUUUGCAUGGUGCGGUCUGCUAUUUGACACACAGACACUGGAAAUCUACUGUGACUAUUCCAGUUAUGCAAAUAGUUCCAUCAGAUCAAGUCUUACUUUCAACUGUAGUUCGAAACCUGGACAAAAUAUGAAAAAAAAGCUAUUGGCUGUUCUGAAGCUGAAAUGUCACUAUAUCUUCCUGGAUCUGGAGGUCAAUACACUGAGAACAGUUGCCAUCAAUGUCUAUAAGAUAUUUCUUCUCCAGGCAUACAGAUUCCAUGCUUGUGUUUUGCGGCUCCCCUUUGGGCAAAAAAUAAAAGACAACCCUUCGUUUUACCUUGAUGUCAUCUCAGACAUUGCGGCUUAUUGCUACACCAUCCUUAAAGCUAAAAACCGAGGGAUUUCUUUAGGUUACAAAGAUGCUUCAGGCCCUUUUCCUUUUGAAGCUUCCCAAUGGCUCUGCUUCGGUGCAUUCGCCAUCAAACUGUCCAAUCACAAGUCUGUUUACAAGUGCCUACUGGGACCUUUGAAAACCUACAGGGCCAAAGUGCAAAAGAUUCUACCAUGCUCCACAGUGCAGAUGCUGCAGAACAUAACCCAGCCAUCUCUUCAUCGAGAAUUUGCUGCCAUCUUGGACUAAAGCAGAAAUGGAAAUACUUGGAACUCAAGAAUUUUGCCACACAAUUGAAUUAACAUCAUUAUUACCUUGGUGUUAAGAUUUCACCGCAUAAGAACUUUUAAUUGGAGUCCGAGAUUUUCAUCAUUACUCCUGCCAUCGACAGCAUUUAUGAUGUAUCUUCUGCCUGGUUGUUGUUGGUUUUUUCCAUGCCUUUGAUAAGUGAAAAAGUGGAAACAUAUUAUCAAGCAAGUUUAAUGUAAAAACAAUUUACUGCUAUUUUAUGUCAAGCUGAAGAGUUGUGCUCACAAACAUUAAGGCUGGACAUCACUUUUUCCCUCAAUAUUGAGUUGGUCCAUUUAGAUGGACAUCAGUAUAUCUGCUUUGGACAAUAAUCGGUUAAUCAUUGUAAUGAAAAGAUAAUUGCACAUAAACUUGGGAGAUGCCCUCUGGAUGUCUGGGUGUCAGCAGAUUAGUGAAAGGAGAACUGAUAAACAUUUGUGUUUUGGUGUUUCAGUGAGUGAUUGGUCAACUGAUGGUAAAUAUGGGGACAGCCUGCACUUGUAAAGGCUUUCCACUCUGGGUAGAGAGGGACUUUAGUUGUACCGUUAAGGACUGUGGGAGUAAUAUUUCCUUUCAAUAUAUCCUACUUGGUCACAAAAGCUACCGUGGAAGAGUCCCAAAUACCUAGGAAAAUAGGGAUCUCCAUUCAGAAAAGUUUAGCAGGAUUGGGAGUGAACUCAAAGUGGAUUCCUCUGUUUGACCACUGCCCAAUUUUAUGGAUGAAAUAAUCACACCAUGGAUAAUUAAUGGGAUAUUUCCUAACUCUUUAAUUGUGUCACACUUAAUUAAGUAGAUUAAUUUCUUGAGGUGUAUUACUCACAUGGAGUAUUAACUGCUGGUAUCAAAGAUUAGGAACAAUAUCAUUGUGGGAGUGAAGCUGCAAUUAGUUGUUGAUAUUUUUUUCGAUGAUUUGAUUUGAUUGUGUUCCAUGUAAGAGUAUGUCAUGUAAUGCUUCAACCACAGAAUGUUUAUUUUCCAUUUUUGAACUUUCAUUAUGUAUCAUAUACUGCUAGAAAUUAAUCUAAAACUGCAAUGAAUAAUGUUUUUUCCCCUCAAUUUUGUAUGGCUGUAAGCACUGUUUGACAUUUUUUGGAACCGAUUCUGGUAUGAACACAGCACAAUUUUUUUUUUAAUUAAAAAAAUUCAGUUUCAUCUUUGUUGCUAACAGGUUGGUGCAAGAUUUGAUUGUUUGCCACAAUCAGCUUCUUUUUCCAAAAUAGGUGAUACAUCUUUAAAUAACUUAAUGAAAUUAUUGUGCUUUUAUGUCACUGAAUUAAAAAAAAAUGAAAUGCAA